AUGACUGUUAUAUCGAAUGAUAAAAUGGUAAUGUCACCUCUAGCUGGGUAUAAUCGUUCGACACCAUGCCGGGUUGAAAAGAAUGUUUAUUUUUUACCGAUGACACUAUUGCUGGCCGUGAUUUCAAUUGCCUUCAUGUUUGUACCAAAAGUGCCUUUAGAGAUGGGCGUGGAGAUGAAAUGUCAAUCUGGAAAUUAUUUUUGA